AUGUUAGAACAUUGUCCUUCUCACGACAGAGCUUUGAAAACCAAUCUUCUAAAGCUGCAGUGUCAUUUUACUUGGGCUCUGAGCAAAGAAAACGCAGACCUGUCAGAUCUUCAGACAAGGCUGGAGGAUCAAAUUGAGCUUGACCUGGGCAAGAAAGAAGGAGCAGCUCGAUCCCACUGUUUUUUGGCCUUUGUUAGAUACCUGCAGGGGUCUUCAGAUGAUGCCAUUGCAAACCUAGUCCAAUCAGAGGAGCUUGUGAGAGAACAUCAUGGGGAGGACUAUGAGCAAUUUCUCAUUGUAACGUAUGGCAACUAUGCCUGGCUCCAUUACCAUCGUGGAGAAUACCCUCAGUGUGAGAGCUACUUGGAGAAGCUUGCUGAUAUCAUGCAGAAGUUCCCUACAGGGUCUCCAACUGUCCUUCACCCACAGGUCUACGGUGAGAAAGGCUGGACCUUUCUCAAGUUUUCCCAUAAGUAUUAUGACAGAGCGAAGGAGUACUUCAAAAGAGCCUUGGAGCUGGAGCCAGACAGCAGUGAAUGGAAUGCUGGCUAUGCCUUCGCUCUUUAUCGCACAGAAUUUGAGAUGCCAGGAGUUAAAGACUCAGAGACAGUUAAGCAACUACGAAGAGCCAUAGAGAUAAACCCACAGGAUGCAGUGCUAAGGGUUUUGUUAGGCCUGAGGCUGAACAUUUUGAAGCAGUACGAGGAGAGCGAGGAGUUGGUUGCGGAUGCUCUCGAAAUGGAUCCAAGCAACCCACACGUGAUCCGUUAUGUGGGCAAAUAUUUCCGCCACAAUGGUUCUGUGGAUCGGUCCAUUGUCUUGCUCAAAAGAGCCAUGGAGCGCACCCAGAACUCUGCCUUUCUUCACCAUCAACUGGCGCUGUGCUACAAGAGGAAAAAGUUAGCCUUGUUUCGCACCGCAGGGGGCAAGGGCAAAGGUCGUGAGAUCUCGCAGCUCAUCUGCCAGGUCAUCUAUCAUCUGGAGCAGGCCACGACUCUUAAGGCAAACUUCAUUCUCGCCAUGGCUGACCUAGCACUACACUAUGGGGAGAGCAAGGCCAUGGCCCGGGCUGAGGAGAUGUUUAAGUCUACAUUCGACGCUGCCAGGGAGAAACGGGAGGCGUUACAGGUCGUCCACCUUUACUACGCUCAGUAUCAGCAGCACUGCAAAAAGCGUGAAACACUGGCCAUCAAGCACUACAGAGACUGUUUGACACUUGAACCGACAACAUACGAGGGGAAGCAGAGUGCCUCAAGCUUGAAGGAAAUUGCAGAGAAACGUCUGGCCAGAGAUCGCCAUGAUGCAGAGGCCUUUGGGAUUCUGGGCUUUGUCCAUAAGGCGAAAGGAGAGAGACGCCGGGCUUUGGAGUGCUUUGAGAAAGCGAUGGAGAUCGACUGCAGCAAUGACGAGUAUCUCAGUGCGCACUGCGAGCUCAGCUUGUCUUUGCAGUAA